GGCGCUUGUGUUUUGAAACGAACGCGGCGCCGAUGGAGUCGACUAACAAUGAUGGCGCGUCCAGUGCCAACCCGUUCACGCUGCCGUCCGACGAGGAGGUUUUCCGCAUGCGCGACGACGUCAAGCGCCGCAAGGACGAAGACCGCGAGCGCAACGCGCGGCUCAAGAUCCACGAGAAGCUUACCAACUCGUCCAAGCGCGGCAACAUUCGUCGCAUCGUGUAG